GUGACGUGCGUGGCGACGUGUCGGCCAUCUUGUGUUGUUGAGGCAGAGGACUGACUUGGUGUCUGAGAGACUCCCUGUCCCGGACCGCAGUGUUAAAAGAACCUGAAAAAGUCUGUUGAAACCUCCUGCUGUGAACUAGCAGAACUUUUGAACAGGUUUCUCCACAUACAAAAAUCUGUUGUGAAAAUACGGAAAAGAAUGGCAGCGGAAACGCAGACACUGAACUUUGGGCCCGAAUGGCUCCGAGCUCUGUCUAGCGGUGGGAGCAUUGCAUCCCCCCCUCUUUCUCCAGCAUUGCCGAAGUAUAAAUUGGCAGACUACCGUUAUGGCAGAGAAGAAAUGUUAGCACUUUUCCUUAAAGACAACAAGAUACCUUCAGACCUUCUGGAUAAAGAAUUUCUGCCUAUCCUGCAGGAGGAGCCCCUGCCACCAUUGGCUCUUGUGCCCUUUACAGAAGAAGAACAGAGAAACUUCUCCAUGUCUGUAAACAGUGCUGCUGUCCUGCGACUGACGGGCCGAGGUGGAGGGGGCACGGUGGCGGGGGCUCCUAGAGGCCGAAGUUCUUCCAGAGGGCGAGGCAGAGGCAGAGGUGAAUGUGGUUUCUACCAAAGAAGCUUUGAUGAAGUAGAGGGCGUGUUUGGUCGAGGAGGUGGCAGGGAAAUGCAUAGAUCGCAGAGCUGGGAGGAAAGGGGUGACAGACGUUUUGAAAAACCAGGUCGAAAGGAUGUAGGGAGACCUAAUUUUGAGGAAAGUGGACCAGCAUCGUUGGGAAGAAAGCAUGAAUUUAUACGAUCAGAAAGUGAAAAUUGGCGUAUCUUUAGAGAGGAGCAAAAUGGAGAAGAUGAAGAUGGAGGUUGGCGGCUUGCUGGAUCAAGAAGGGAUGGAGAGAGGUGGCGGCCUCACAGUCCUGAUGGCCCUCGUUCUGCAGGCUGGCGGGAGCACAUGGAACGGCGGCGAAGGUUUGAGUUUGAUUUUCGAGAUCGGGAUGAUGAGCGGGGUUACCGAAGGGUGCGCUCCGGCAGUGGGAGCAUAGAUGAUGACAGGGACAGCCUGCCUGAGUGGUGCUUGGAGGAUGCUGAAGAAGAAAUGGGCACAUUUGACUCCUCUGGAGCAUUCCUCUCUCUAAAAAAAGUGCAGAAAGAGCCUAUUCCAGAAGAACAAGAGAUGGACUUCCGACCUGUAGAGGAGGGAGAGGAGUGCUCUGACUCCGAGGGUAGCCAUAAUGAAGAAGCCAAAGAGCCAGAUAAGACACAUAAGAAAGAAGGGGAGAAGACAGACAGAAUAGGAGUUGAAGCUAGUGAGGAAACACCCCAAACCUCGUCAUCUUCUGCUAGACCAGGUUCUCCUUCAGACCAUCCGCCUCAGGAAGCACCACAGUUUGAGAGGAAAGAGGAACUCAAAACUGAGCAAGCAGAAAAGGGUGAAGAAGAGAGUCGAACAGAAAAUAGCCUGCCAGCCAAAGUGCCCAGCAGAGGGGACGAAAUGGUUCCUGAAGUCCAGCAGCCCCUGUCACAGAUUCCUUCAGACACAGCCUCUCUUCUCAUACUUCCACCUCCUGUUCCCAAUCCUCGUCCUGCCCUCCGGCCAGUUGAAACUCCAGCCGUAGUUGCGCCUGGUAUGGACGGUAUUUCCGCAGAGCCAGACGAUGAAGAGGGUCUUAAGCACUUAGAACAGCAAGCUGAGAAGAUGGUUGCUUAUCUGCAAGACAGUGCACUGGAUGAUGAGAGACUGGCAUCGAAGCUGCAAGAACAUAGAGCUAAGGGUGUCUCCGUUCCAUUGAUGCAUGAAGCAAUGCAGAAGUGGUAUUACAAAGAUCCUCAGGGAGAAAUUCAAGGUCCCUUCAAUAAUCAGGAGAUGGCAGAAUGGUUUCAGGCAGGCUAUUUUACUAUGUCUUUAUUGGUGAAGAGAGCAUGUGAUGAAAGCUUCCAACCUCUUGGUGAUAUCAUGAAAAUGUGGGGAAGGGUCCCCUUCUCUCCGGGUCCAGCUCCUCCUCCUCAUAUGGGAGAGUUGGACCAGGAACGACUGAGCAGGCAGCAGGAACUCACAGCCUUAUACCAAAUGCAGCAUGUCCAGUACCAGCAGUUCUUAAUACAACAGCAGUACGCACAGGUCUUGGCGCAGCAGCAGAAGGCAGCCCUGUCUUCCCAGCAGCAGCAGCAGUUGGCACUGCUGCUCCAGCAGUUCCAGGCCCUGAAGAUGAGAAUAUCUGAUCAAAACGUCAUUCCUUCCGUAACUAGGUCUGUAUCAGUGCAAGAUACUGGUUCUAUCUGGGAGAUGCCAACAACCUCACAGCCUGCAGUGUGGGAAGGCGGUAGUGUGUGGGACCUGCCCCUUGAUCCUGCAGCCCCAGGACCUGCCCUGGAGCAGCUUCAGCAGAUGGAGAAGGCGAAAGCCGCAAAGCUCGAACAGGAGAGGAGAGAGGCAGAAAUGAGGGCAAAGCGUGAAGAGGAAGAGCGAAAGAGACAAGAAGAGCUCCGAAGGCAGCAGGAGGAAAUUCUUCGGAGGCAGCAGGAGGAAGAAAGGAAAAGGCGGGAGGAGGAAGAGCUCGCUCGAAGGAAACAGGAAGAGGCUUUGCGACGCCAGAGGGAGCAAGAAAUGGCUCUUAGGCGACAGCGAGAAGAGGAGGAAAGACAGCAGCAAGAAGAAGCUCUCCGAAGACUGGAGGAGAGGAGAAGAGAAGAGGAGGAGAGGCGGAAGCAGGAAGAAUUGCUGCGCAAGCAGGAAGAGGAGGCUGCAAAAUGGGCUCGGGAAGAAGAAGAAGCCCAGAGGCGCUUGGAGGAGAACCGGCUGCGAAUGGAGGAGGAGGCGGCCAGACUGCGGCACGAGGAGGAGGAGCGGAAGAGGAAGGAGCUGGAACUCCAGCGGCAGAAGGAGUUAAUGCGCCAGCGGCAGCAGCAGCAAGAGGCUCUCCGCAGGCUGCAGCAGCAGCAGCAGCAGCAGCAGUUGGCACAGAUGAAGCUUCCCUCUUCUUCAACUUGGGGCCAGCAGUCCAAUACAACAGCAUGUCAGUCCCAGGCAACACUGUCAUUGGCUGAAAUCCAAAAACUAGAAGAGGAACGAGAACGACAGCUUCGAGAAGAGCAAAGGCGCCAGCAGAGGGAACUGAUGAAAGCUCUCCAGCAGCAGCAGCAGCAGCAGCAGCAGAAGCUCUCGGGUUGGGGCAAUGUCAGCAAACCCGCAGGUACUACAAAGUCUCUUCUGGAGAUACAACAGGAAGAAGCCAGGCAGAUGCAGAAGCAGCAGCAGCAGCAACACCAGCAGCAGCACCAGCAGCCGAGCCGAGCCCGGAGUAACGCGCAUUCCAACCUGCAUACCAGCAUUGGGAAUUCUGUUUGGGGCUCUAUAAAUACUGGUCCCCCCAACCAGUGGGCAUCUGACCUAGUCAGUAGCAUCUGGAGUAAUGCCGACACUAAAAAUUCCAACAUGGGAUUCUGGGAUGACGCAGCCAAAGAGGUGGGACCUAGGAAUUCAACAAAUAAAAAUAAGAACAACGCCAGUCUCAGUAAAUCUGUAGGUGUGUCUAACCGGCAGAAUAAGAAAGUAGAAGAAGAAGAAAAGUUGCUGAAGCUCUUUCAGGGAGUAAAUAAAGCCCAAGAUGGAUUUACCCAAUGGUGUGAACAGAUGCUUCAUGCCCUUAAUACGGCAAAUAACUUGGAUGUUCCCACAUUUGUUUCUUUCCUGAAAGAAGUAGAAUCUCCUUAUGAGGUCCAUGAUUAUAUUAGGGCCUAUUUAGGGGAUACCUCUGAGGCCAAGGAGUUUGCCAAGCAGUUCCUUGAGCGCCGUGCCAAACAGAAAGCCAACCAGAGGCAGCAGCAGCAGCAGCAGCAGCAGCAACAACAACAACAGCAGCAGCAGCAGCAACAGCAGCAGCAGCAGCAGCAGCAGCAGGACUCUGUGUGGGGGAUGAACCACAGUGCACUCCAUUCAGUAUUUCAGACCAAUCAAAGCAACAACCAACAAUCCAACUUUGAGGCUGUGCAAAGUGGCAAGAAGAAGAAAAAGCAGAAGAUGGUCCGAGCAGACCCCAGCUUGCUAGGGUUUUCAGUCAACGCCUCAUCAGAGCGGCUCAAUAUGGGUGAGAUCGAGACUUUGGAUGACUACUGAGCCCCCGCCAGUGGACUGGCCCGCCCGCUCCUCUGCUGACCGCGGACUCUCCACCUUUGGGCGCAACACCUCCUCACAUUUCCUCUCUUAUCUCCGCAGCAAAUCACAGAACCAUCAUCUCAGGCUUUUCCUUCUAGCCCUUGUGUCCAGGGUCCUUGAGGCCAUUUUGCUGGUGGGCACCUCAGACGGUAGACGAGUGGGCCAGACUCUCCUCUCGGGGGUGGCAGUUGGGCUCACCCCCCAACAAGCUGACUUUGGGCAGCACGUGUUCACUGUGCCCUGAUUUCAUCUGCUGUCUCCCAGAAAGUGUGUUGGGCUCUGCCAAUAGCAAUUUACUUCCUCUUGUCACUUUUUUCUUUCUUUUUAAAAAUAUUCUUCUCCCCCCUCCCACCCCCCACGUACCCCUUUAAGGGCCAGGGGUCUAACUGGUGCAAUCAUGAAGAGAGUUAAUGGUAAUAGACAUCGGCCAGCAGCAGAACGCCCAGAGACCGUGGCCAGAGUGGCCAGCGGAGGCAGGCAGAGCCCUCCCUCUAGGCACGAGCCGCUGCUGACUUUGGGGUUGCGUCCGCAGCCCUUAGGGGUGGGUGAGAUCGGUUUGGUUGAUGUGCACGACCUGGCCUGUUCUUUCUGAGCGUCCUUUCAGAGAAAGGAUCCAUGUGAGCUGAUGUCUCCCUGGUGUUCUCCAGCCCGAUGGACAAAGGAAACCCUGUGGCCUGGGAGAGGGACUUAUUCUCGAUUUUUCUUUCUUACAAAACUGAUUUUUCCCAUAAAUAUUUUUACUUCAGAGGACUAGGACCAGUUUGUUUUGGGCCUUUCUGCUGAAAAUCUGUCUCGUUUAAGAGGCAACUAGGAUCUUUACCAUAUGUAUGAAUUUGUAUAAUUUCAUUUGGAUAGGGAUAAACUUUUGCUUCUGAUAAAAGCCCGGAAAUUCAUCUGGUUCCUCAGAGCAUUGUGUGUGUGUCUUGCUGUGGCCCCAAGAAGGUUUUGUCAAAGAUUCCAGGAUGGCAGUUUGCUUGCCUUCUCUGAAAAGAGAACCUCUAAAACCUCACCAUCUCUAAGACCACCUUCAUCCAUGGAAACCACUAGACAGGCGAAUGCAGUGGGUGGUGGGCUGGGAAGCGUGGGAGCGGGAAGCCUGCUCUGGCUUCAGGCCGGGGCCUUCGCGCCCCCUCCCCCCCCAUCAGAGAGCCGUGUUCAGCCCUACUUACAGACAGUUGCUUUCUUCCUACCUUCACCUGCCCCGCGGCCAUCGCCUGGGAUGCCAGUCACUUUGGUCUGGAGCCAUGGGCCAGCAUCCCCAUGAGAAGCACUGGGGUUCGGGGGGCUCCUGGGCAGCGCACCCUCCUCGUUGCCGGGAGAAGGCUGGCGUGGCUCUGAGCAGUUUGGGUUUGGGUGGUUAUUUUUGGUUUCUGUUUUUACUCUCUCGGGUCAGCGUUCUCCCUGUCCCUUCGUGCCCCUGGACAUGUACAAUAACUAUACAGAGACUGCUACAAACGUGUAUAUAGUUUUUGGAUCAAAUAGCAUGAGGAGGUGGGAACCAUUAAAAAUUGGACUCCUGCUCUCCUUUGCUUUGUAAAUUCAAAAGUGGGGGGUGGGGAAGAGGGAUAGUUAAAAUGUUUACAAAACUUUAAUCUCCCUUGGAACUUUUGCCAGUGUGGAGGAAAAUAAAAAGAACUU